UGAACCUCUUCCUAUAAUCCUAGGCCGGGCCGGGCAGCUCUAGAAUUUCUGGUGCACCAACUGCCGGUCACAGCUCCGUCGGCGGCCGCCGCGAGCAGCGCCACCCUGUCGCCCGCCGGUGAUUGAAGUCCGGUGAUUGCUCCCCGAACCGGUACCUUCGUGCUUUUCGCUGCUGAGAAAUGGCAAAAGGUCUAAUAUGGGCGACGGCUGAGGAUCUUGCGAGGAACAGGGGACGGGUUCUCUCUCUUUAUCGCCAAAUCUUGCGAAGCCUGAAUUCACCGAAACUGCCUCUUACUUUAGCUGCUAGACUAUCUAAGAAGGCCGAGGCAAAAGCCACCUUCAUGCUGGGUGCCGAAGAGAGAUCCAUCCACAACAUUGAGGACCUCAUAGAUGUUGCAGAGUAUUCUCUCUCCCUGUUGCGGAGGGGCGAAAUCCCCAAAUACAUACAAUAGACUGGUUCUGUGGGUGGGUGGGGCAUUCAAAAUGCGGAGGGGCAUUCAAAAUGCGGAGGGGCAGACAAAUGAAGGAGUUCUCCUUCCUUAGAAUUUCUUACAAUUUAAUCAGACGAGAUGAUGGGAUAUAACAGAAGGGAAGUAUGAAUGUAGGCAGAUGCAAAGGAAGCUUUAACCUUUCUUGGAGCAUUCCAACAUCUAUUCCAAAACUAUGCCAAACAAGAUAUG